AACGAAGGCAGAGUCCACAUUGCUUUUUUGAACAAAUGGAUUGAAUUAUUAUUGAAAGAAAUCCCAAUCGUCACAACAUGAUAGGUCGUCUAGCUAGUUUUUCCAUGCAUGUAAGAAGCCGCCAUUGACGAAGACCUUAAAGAACAUCUAGCCAACUCUAUAAAACAUAUCAUUUCAUUCAUUUGGUUUUUCCAUAUACCAAAUACAAGUUUUUCAUAGGUGAUCCUAUCUUGAUUUCAACAAUGAGUUACGACAGCAACAAGUAUCAAGAUUCAGAAGGAGUAUAUCCUCCUCCUCCUCCUCCUCCUUGUCCACCACCAAUGCAAGGGUACUAUGAAGCCGGUCCUCAUGUGGCACCACCUCGAGUUAGUGACCCUAUGAAAUAUGGUCCUCAACACCUCCAACAGCCACCUCCUCCAGAAAGAACUAGUCAGAGGGAUGAUGACUUUGGCACAGGAUGUUGCUGCUGCUGAAUCUAGAACGCGUGCUUUGAAGGACUAUCAAUGAUUCUCUGUAAAAUUUGCAGCUUAUAAUUGUUUUUCCCUUGUGUUUCUUGUUGGAAAUAAUAAUCAUUUUCGCUCUUUUUAUGUCA